AUGCGUUUUACUGACAGUUUGGAGGCUGGUAUUUAUCAACCAUGGAGGGAACAUUACAUGGAUUAUGUGAAUCUGAAGCACUUACUGAAGGCGGAUGAAGAAUCUCCUGUAUGGGGAGAAAACGAUGAAUCGCGUUUCGUAUCUGCUCUAGACGACCAGUUGGAAAAGGUAUCUUUGUUUCAUCAGAAGAUUUGGAAUGAUUUAAAUGAAUCACUGACUGGUGUUGAAACCAGUUAUGACUCUUCUAACGAAUUUACCGACGAAACUAUAACAAACGAGGACCGUCUGAAACUAUUAGAGCAAUUGGACUCUUGUACCGAUUUGGUUAAGAGACUGGAAAAAUACACCAGGUUAAAUCUUACUGGAUUUUUUAAAAUCGUAAAGAAGCAUGAUAAACUACACAGCGAAUAUUCUCUUCGGCCUCUAUUGCAAGUUAGAUUACGUGCCUGCUCCUUUGGUAAUGUUCAGUAUAAUCCAAUAUUGGCUCGCAUUUUUUCUCUUUACAACCCGCUUCGUACAAGUCUUAGUGGUGGUCAAUCUCUAUCGAUCCCUCACCGUCAUAUUCAUUCUUCAGAUGAAAACAUAUAUCGUAGACGAACAUAUCGCUUUUGGGUGCAUCAUGACAACCUCAUGGAAGUGAAAACAUUUAUAAUGAGGCGCUUGCCUGUUUUGUAUUACUCCGGUAAGCAUGGUUUUGAUCGAGACCGUUCAGCUGUGUCUGGUAUACUUGAUCCGAUUUCAACUUGUCUUUAUUUUGAUAAUCCCAAUUUCGAUCUUUAUACCCAAAACUUGGAACGAUCUGAACGAGCUUUUUCAUUGCGCCUUCAUUGGUAUGGAAAGUUGAAUCCAAAAACCGACAUCAUAGUAGAACGUAUGGUGCGCGAAGGCAGCAGUUUGUCUCAUAGUGAAGACCGUUUUGUUUUACGCGAGAAGAAAAUUAAUGACUUUCUGAAAGAAGCUUAUGACCCUGAUGAAAAAAAGAGUAGAGACGAUACUACUGAAGCUUCUGAUUCUACUCAUAAAAAACAGCUUACGGAAGAUGUCCAAAAGCUCAUUGGAGAGUUUAAUUUACAACCCGUAUUAAGAUCCGUUUAUACCCGUACGGCUUUCCAGAUUCCUGGUGAUGAUUCUGUGCGCGUUAAUUUAGACUCGGAUUGGGUAAUGAUUCGCGAAGAUUCUUUUGAUCAAGAGCGACCUUGUCGUGAUCCUGUCGAUUGGCACAGACAUGAUAUUGACGACGCCGACUUUCCUUAUAAGCACCUUCGUAAGGGUGAACAUUUUCGAUUUCCCUACAGCGUACUGGAAAUUCGAGAGUGCUUAAAACCAGAUGAAGAGGAGCCAUUAUGGGUCUCUGAGCUUCGGGGUUCUCAUUUAAUAUCAGAAGUUGAUGGAUUCUCUAAGUAUGAGCACGGAGUAGCUGUUUUGUUUGAAAGGCAUGUCCCACUUUUGCCGAUGUGGUUAUUUUCUAUGGAGCAGGAUAUUAGAAAAGAUCCUCGAUCUACCUACCCGGUUUCGAAAGAUGAUUCCAAUUCAAGUAAUAUCUACGUCAAACGAAGAGACGAAACUAUUUUUACUGAUGAAUCACCACCGAAGUCUACUAAAAAGACACCGGUCGUUUCGCGACGCUCGCAAGCGUCUAAUGCUCAGAUGGCAGCGCCGCAAAUCCAACAAUUUAAGCAUCCUCAUGGAGAUCACUUUAAUUUUAAAAGUAUUCCUGGUUUGUUAAAACCGUCUACCUAUGGCUCAAUUUAUCGUCCUGGCAAAACCUAUACGACACCCCCUCAUAUCCAGAAGCCGGAAAUUCCUCUUCGGGUCAGUGGUCCUGUUAAAGUAGAGACUAAAGUCUGGCUUGCUAAUGAGCGGACAUAUCUUAAUUGGCUUCACGUUGUUGUUCUGUUUGGUUCCUUAUCAUUGGCUUUAUUUAACAGCGCCGGUGAGAAAACGGGGCGUAUUUUUGGUAGCAUUUACGUGCUGCUUGCCGUUUUCAUGGGUUUUUAUGCUUGGAGGCUUCACGCUAAGCGUUGUAAUCUGAUUAUGACUCGUAGUCCUGCUCCUAUGACUGAAUAUUGGGGUCCCUUAUUUGUUGGUGUUGCUUUGGCUAUUUCACUGAUUGCUAAUAUGGCAUUUGCGUUAAGAGGAGCAGUUCACCGAAAUUUAAUUGAAGAUGAUCAUGUUCUUGUGAAAAUCUUUUGCAAGCAGUUUUCUUGA